AUGGGAGCACUUCAUCUUUUCUUCUUGCCCCAUUCGUGCCCGGUAACACGCAAUGUCCGGCCAAAAUAUCCUCUACCAAAUGCAUUUCCAAAUACUGAGGAUGAAAUGUAUAAAGAGAAGGCAAUGAAGCUAGAAGAGGAGGUUAGGUCCAUGAUUAACAAGGUUGAUACGGAGUUACUGAACAUACUUGAAAUGAUCGAUGACAUCCAAAGGUUAGCGUUGGGCCACCGCUUCAAAUCGGACAUAAAGAAUAAACUUGAAAAAGUUUUCUUGUUAGAAGGAUCUGAUUUCAAAAUUAUAGGGAAAUCUCUCCAUGCCACUGCUCUGAUCUUCAGGCUCCUCAGGCAACAUGGCUAUGAAGUCUCUCAAGAUAUUUUUGAGGGUUUUCUAGAUGAUCAAGGCAAUUUCUUGGCCUAUCUUCACAAGGAUAUCAAAGGAAUGCUUAGUUUGUAUGAAGCUUCACAUCUUGGUUAUGAAGGAGAAGAAAUUUUAGACAAGGCAAUGAAACAAACUAGCAUGUACUUAAAAAACCAUCUAGGAAACUUAGACUCUAUAACUGCUGAAAGAGUCAGUCAUGCUCUGGAUGUUCCAUUGCAUCACAAAAUGAUUAUGCUAGAAGCACGAUGGUAUAUUGAAUCUUACAGUAAAAGGGAGGAUGCAAAUCCCAUACUUCUCGAACUGUCCAAGUUGGAUUUCAACAUGGUGCAAUCGGUCUUGCAAAGAGAUCUCCAUGACCUGUCAAGAUGGGAUGUCAGUGCUGUGAGAAAUCUUCCAGACUACAUGAAGUUAUGCUUCUUAGCCCUUUACAACACUGUUAAUGAAAUGGCAUAUGACCACCUUAAAGAACAAGGAGAAGAUGCCCUUCCUUAUCUGACAAAAGCAUGGGCUGAUUUAUGCAAAUCAUUUUUACAAGAAGCAAAAUGGAGCUACAACAAAAUCACACCAUCCUUUGAUGAAUAUCUUGAAAAUGCAUGGCGAUCUGUAUCAGGAACUGUUAUACUUAGCCAUGCCUAUUUUCUUUUGGGCGACAGCAUCUCCGAGCAGGCACUUGAUUACUUAGUAAACUACGAUGAAUUAGUGCGUUGUCCAUCAGUUAUCUUUCGACUUUGGAAUGAUUUAGGCACUUCAUCGGCAGAGUUAGCUAGAGGAGAGACAGCUAAUUCAAUCUCUUGCUUCAUGCAUGAAACCGGUGUUUCUGAAGCUGAGGCACGCGAACACCUACAUAAAUUGAUUCAAAAAGCUUGGAAGAACAUGAACAAAUGUCAAAUUGAUAACGAAACUCCUUUCCCUAGACGUUUUGUCAGAACAGCCACUAAUCUUGCUAGAAUUGCCCAUUGCACAUACCAGCAUGGAGAUGGUCACGGAGCACCAGAUAGCAGAUCCAAGAAUAGAGUAUCGUCGUUGAUCAUUGAACCCAUUUCAUUAAUCUAG